GUCACUUUAGCGUCACGUGGUGUUUGUUGACGGUAGGAGAGGGAGAAAGAUGGCGGCUCGCUGGAGCAGUGAGAAUGUUGUGGUGGAGUUUAGAGACGCCCAGGCCACCGCCAUGUCCGUGGACUGCCUGGGCUCCCACGCUGUGCUGUCCGGGCGUCGCUUCCUGUACCUGGUGAACCUGGAGUUGCCGUCUGAACCGUCGCGGAAAAUCGGGCGACAGAGUAAGUGGGACGUGGGGACGGUCCAGUGGAACCCGCACAGAUCAGACGCCCACGUCUUCGCCGCCUCUAGUAACCAGCGGGUGGAUCUGUACUCGUGGAGGGACGGCUGCGGCGAAACGCACACCUCCCUGCAGGGGCACACCCGGGUCAUCAGCGAUCUGGACUGGUCCUGGUUUGAACCCGAGUUCCUGGUCACCAGCUCCGUGGACACCUACAUCUACAUCUGGGACACCAGAGACACUCGGAAACCCACGCUGGCGCUGUCCGCGGUCGCUGGGGCGUCUCAGGUGAAGUGGAACAAGAAGAACCAGAACCUGCUGGCGUCCAGUCACGACGGUGACGUUCGGAUCUGGGACAAAAGGAAGCCGAACACGGCGGCAGAAUACGUGGCCGCUCACCUGUCCAAGAUCCACGGCCUCGACUGGCAUCCGGACAGCGAGUUCAUCUUCGCCACGUCCAGCCAGGACAACUCAGUGAGGUUUUGGGAUUACCGGCAGCCCAGGAAGUACCUGAACAUCUUGUCGUGUCAGGUGCCGGUGUGGAAGGCCAGGUACACGCCGUUCUCCAAUGGUCUGGUCACGGUGAUGGUUCCUCAGCUGAGGAGGGAGAACAGCCUUUUACUGUGGAGUACGCUCGACCUCAACAGCCCCGUCCACGCCUUCGUGGGACACGACGACGUGGUGCUGGAGUUCCAGUGGCGGCCGCAGAAAGAAGGCUCCAAGGACUACCAGCUGGUCACCUGGUCCAGAGAUCAGACUCUGAGGAUAUGGAGGGUGGAUCCUCAGCUGCAGAAGCUGUGUGUCAGUGACGUGCAGGAGGACCUGAUGGACGCGAUGUCCCUCACCGCGGAGUCGGAGAAGCCUCUGUCGUCUCAGGAGUCGGAGGGCCAGCAGAGCGGGGGCCCCGCCUCGGAGAGCCUGCAGGAUCAGGACGGGUCUCUGACUGCUGGAGGUCUUCAGGACUCGGCGGCAGGUUCAGGUCUCGCUCAGACUCUGCAGCAGGAGUUCUCUCUGGUCAACCUGCAGAUUAGAAACGUCAACGUGGAGAUGGACGCGUUGAACCACAGCUGCGUGGUGUCGGCUCAUUUCGGGAGCCAUCAGGUUCACCUGGUGGUAAAGUUUCCGGCUCAGUAUCCAAACAACGCCGCGCCCACCUUCCAGUUUGUCUCCCCGACGACCAUCCCCUCUGCCAUGAAGACCAAGAUCCAGAAGAUCCUCAGAGACACGUCUCUGCAGAAGGUGAAGAGGAACCAGAACUGCCUGGAGCCGUGCGUCCGACAGCUCGUGUCCUGCUUGGAGUCUGAUAUGACGCAGGAGGACAGUCCGGCCUCCGGCCCCUUCGUCCUGUCCAACCCCGUCACUCCGUCCCUGCAGGCGUUUCCUCGAGUCACCAACACCUACGGCUCCUACCAGGACGCCAACAUCCCGUUCCCUCGGACAUCCGGAGCUCGCUUUUGUGGCACCGGCUGUCUCGUUUACUUCACCCGACCGAUAACCAUGCACCGCUCUGCCCCGCCCACAGAGCCCACUCCCAGGUCCCUGUCGGCUCUGUCGGCCUAUCACAGCGGGGUCCUGACUCCGAUGAAGAUGCGUUCAGAGUCUCAGAGCACUCUGCGGCUUUACAGCGGCAGCCCGACUCGCUCGGAUAAAGACACCGUCUCCAUCUCCUCCUUCUACUACAAAGAACGGCUCCCAAUCUCUGCCUCCCGCCGCUGGUCUGUCCAAACCCUCCACGAUUGGCCGAAAUCCCGCCGCUUUAAGACGAAGCGAGAGGGGACGGACUACGGCAACCGUCCGAUCAAACUGGCUGGAAAAGUCAUCAUCCAGGAGAUCUCCUGCCUGCUGCCCGUCCACAAAACUCUGGGAGAGAACUACAUCCUGAACAUGAACGACAUCCAGGAAACGUGUCAGAAGAACGCAGCAGCGGCGCUCGCUGUCGGACGCAGAGACGUGGCGAAGGUUUGGGCUCUGGCGUCUGCAGCAACCAAUCAGGACCUGAGCCCAGACUCUGACCCGGACAUGGAGACUCCUUGGGCCAGACACCCAUUCGGACGCCACCUGCUGGAGACUCUCCUGGAUCACUACAGUCAGAUAAGUGACGUUCAGACUCUGGCCAUGCUGUGCAGCGUGUUCAAAGCUCAGGCUCCGCCUCCAGACUCUUACGCACUAUUCGGGCACCAUACGUCACGGGCCUCCGCGUUCCCCCCGCACCACGCUCGUUAUCCCAGCUACACGUCCAGCUCCGUCACCUCGGGCUCCUGCUCCAGCACCUCUGACUCCAUCACCACGACCACCUGGAACCCAGGUCGAGACUCUGAGCACGCCAACCCGUGGGGCGAAUCCUCUCCCGACGACUACCGCUAUGUCAACCAGGGCUACACAGACCCGCGAGAACGCGAGCGAGAGCAGCACGUGAUGAACAAGAGGCUUCUGGACCCGGCCAACACACUGCAGUUUGACGACUUUAAGAAGUGCUACGGUGAAAUCUUGUACCGCUGGGGUCUGCGAGACAAGAGAGCCGAAGUGCUCAAGUUCGCCUCCUGCCCACCCGAACCUCACAAAGGCAUCGAGUUUGGCGUGUACUGCUGUCACUGCCGCAGUCAGGCUCGUGGGACGCAGUGCGCUGUCUGCAAGCGCCUCACCUUCCAGUGCGCCAUCUGUCACGUCGCCGUCCGCGGCUCCUCCAACUUCUGCCUGAGCUGCGGCCACGGAGGACACACCAGUCACAUGAUGGACUGGUUUCGGCGGCAGGACGAGUGUCCGGCCGGCUGCGGCUGCCACUGUCUGCUACAGAGCACCUUCUGACGCGGCGCGGACGCUCCGCGUGAUGGGGUCGCCAUGUUUAAAACCUCCUCUGUGAUCACAUGAUGGGAGAUCAGCAGCUGCUCUGCUGGAGGCGACAUCAGUCCGUCCGACACUUCGCUCCAGAGCGAGAUCUCAGCAUCGAAUCCAGUCCAGGAGAGAUGGCAAAGAUGAUUUAUUAGCACAAGUGAAAAAACACGGACGUUUUUCUGUCUGUCAAAGCUGGAAAAGUUUGUACGUGGAAAAAAGUGCAAAGAAAACAGACUCAUCGAACGCAGAUUAUGAAACACACGACUCGACUAAAAUCGCAUUUUUGUGGCAAAUCAAGUCACUGAUGUGACCUCACCUUUGGUGCUUUGUAACACAGCGGAGUCGCGCUCAGAAGCGAAUGAUGCGGCGAAGACUCGCAGCAGCUCACUGCAGACGCCGUCGCAGACUCUGACGGAUUUCUGUAGAAAAUUAAAGACUGAAUAGUUUCAAAUGUUAUAAAGUAUGUUUGUGCAUGAAA